AUGAUCUAUUUCGACGGCAGAAAAGAUGAGAAAGAUACCGAGAAGUGGAUGGGUGGCAUAGUGCCUGCUCUGGAGAAGGGACACAAGGUAGCAGAGGGUUCUGAAGGGUAUAUAAUGGAUUCCGAAGAAGGUACCUCCAUAAUCAAAACAACAACGGUGGCACCUACAACUCCUCCAAAUGCUGAAUCACCGGCAUGCUUCCCGGGUCAUGCCGCUUGGGCCAAGAGCGAAGAAGGCCAAUGUCCCGCAGCCGGGCGAUUUGUGUCCUCUGUGUGUCGAUCGUUCCAAGAUUGCAUGAACGACAAAAGAACGUCGUACUGGAUUUGUAAGCCGAAGAUUUGUUCAGAAUAUCGGAAAAGAAACGAGAAAAAACCUUGUGCAGUCCAUUUAUUCAAUUGUUCAGAAAAAUAA